AUACUUCACUUCCUCGAUGUUGUUGAUGCGUUUGGGCACGUAUCAGCCCGUAAUCCCGACAAUGCCAGUCAAUUCAUCAUGUCGUUCGCAAUAGCGCCUGCUCUGGCCACAUCCCAAAGCCUAGUCACAUACGAGAUUGACAAUGCAACUGCGGUUCAGCUCACGUUCAACACUUCUGUGACUGGCGACGCUGUCCCUUCCGGAUUUCUUGAACGAUAUAUACAUUCGCAGAUUUACAAUGCUUUCCCUAAUAUCACAGGAGUUGUACAUGCCCAUACCAUCAAUGUGAUCUCCUUUGCUGCAGCAGAAGUAGGAAUGAGAGCUCAGAUGGGUAGUGCAGGAUCAGUAGGCACACUAGCAAACGGGACUCCGAUCUUUGAUUUCGACAGUCUUCCAACAAGUAUCUUACCUGAAAACGCGCCCCAUAAUCUUCUCAUCGGGAACGAGGUACUGGGAGAUGCUCUUGCAGAUACAUUUCAGAAUGGUAGCGAGGUGGUACUAAUGAAAGGACAUGGAAUGGCUAUUCGAGGAACAUCUGUUCGCAAUGCAGUGUUCCGUGCAUUCUAUACAAUGCAGAAUGCUGAGGUGCAGUCUACGGCUACUUUACUAGGUGCUCUAGCGCUCGGCGGACAGGCUCCUGUAGGUUUGCCUCCGCGCGUUGCGAUGGAUGCAACAGUAACCUUUGAAAGUGACUCACUACUUAGCCGUGCUUGGGCGCUAUGGACAGCUCAAGUAGACCAACUGCCGUUGUAUGUCAAUGAUCUUAGAUCUUGA